AUGGCGCAAGGUGUCACUGCCGUUCCGAGCAGGUGUGAAUGUCCACUUAGUCGAACUGACAACAAGCACGUCUCCUCAGCAGUUGCUAAUCACCAUCAUUAGAACUUGAAGAACUCUCAAAGUUUCCUUCUGGCAAAAUACUCGUCAGGCUCGUCAAAAACGACUGCUUUGAACCGGGUCAAUCAUUGGAACAGCAGCACUUUUGGAAACGUUCCAGCGAAAAUAUUAGCUAGUUUCCGCUAAACGAAAAUCUCGAGAUUCAAUGUAUUUCAUUUCUUUUUCAUAAAAAAUCGACCAAGUUUUUCAACCAUUCCCUGACAUUUCCUUCUUUUGCUUCCUUCUUGGAUGGAUUAGAACUGGCAAAUUCAGUUCCAAAAAAAUUUGCGACUCCAUUGAAAAGUGUCGAUACUUGAAUGAUGAAUCACUUAUUUAGUGGGAGGAGACCGCCGAAAAUAUGCCAACAAAAAACUGAGAGAAGAAGAUCCUCAAAAGGCGAGCCGGCGGUUCUUUGACCUGAUGGAAGAGCAGCGGUGUUCUGGCGGGAGUAUCUACUUCAUCCGUCAGUCGGCCUCUUUGUCUUGUAAUCCCCACAUCUUUUUCGGAUAAACGACUGUAGCAUUUUUUUCUGCUUUGUUUUCAGAUCUGUAACCCGAUACCGCCGUCUUGCGGAAAGUCGUUUGUCAGAUGAGCGUACUGUAAUUAACGCCGCAAGACAUAUUUCGAGACGCACGCCUUCAAAUUAUAUGAGAAGCCAGAGGCCUUGAAGUCCGAUGGAUAGUUACUAAUGUUUUACUGUUACCUAACUGUGAAGCGAAGAUUUCAUCCAAAACAAGAUUAUUAUUCUGAAAGAGCUCUAAGAAACUUGCACUUUCUUCGAUGCGCAAUCGAGAAAAAAAUCGUCUUCAAAAACACUUACAAACAAACGUGAGCUUGACAAAUGGUCUUACCCAUUUGAAAAAGAUUUUUCGAAGUCAGAACUGCUUUUAUAUUCAUCUAUUAUUUCUUUUCUAUUUAUUAACUUUCCGAACAGUCAAGAAAAACGUCGCCAUCGGAGAUUCUAACUUUUAAAUGAAGAAAUAUUUCAAGGCGUUACGAGCUUAUAAUCUAUCAAAGUUUUCACGAUUAUCUCCUACACUCAGACCGGAUUCGCUCCCUCAAAGAAGUCUCCAACCUAGAAUCGAAGAAAAAAGGUCGUAAGCAAAGGUUACAACGAAUAUCUACAGGUAACGGGCGUGUGGCACAAGCGAAAAACAACUGCGAGAGUGGGUCGAAAGCGGAGGAAUCGCGCAGCAAAGAGCUGGCCUCUACCGUCGUCCGACCGUUGUGCAAUCUCGAGAUAGAGGCAGCUCUGCCGGCCCAGAAAACAAUUUGCCGGCCUCGACAUCGAUCCGUCAUUCCAGGCCCUAACUCUCAUCAUAACUAUUAA